AUGUUAACUGGAGAACCUCCAUCAAAUUGUCAUGACCACCAUGACGAAUGGGGUUUCCACGAUUGUUAUAAUAUUGAGCUUGGAUUUUUCGAUAAGGGGAACCAAAAUCCAGAUCGCUCAAAGAAAUAUAACGGCCGGAAAAAGAGACAUGUUAACUCCAAUUCGCGUUGUAAUUCAGCAACUACCACAUCAGAGCACAAACAAUGGAGAAAAGUUUCAUUUCCCUCACAUAGAGGCGGCCCUGAUAUAGAUAAUGUUUCUGGGUCAUUCCCAUCAGUUUCAACAGACAUGGAUCAUGACUGCCUAGAAAAGAUAGUGCAAAGCACCAUGUUAGACAACGCUGGAGGAGAAGCUACCCAAAAUCCUAUGGAAAAUGCAGAAUUGAGGAGGCAACAACAAAAGGUGCCUUUCAUUGCACAUUUUGAAGACUUGAAACGGGAGCGUGGAACUACUGAUUUGGUGAUAAUAGGAGAGGCGCGACAAAACACUAUCAUAAAGCAAAAAAUGUGCUUGGUGGAAUGCUUACCUAGAGUCGAUGGCACCGUCGCCUUCCUCGUGUGCAGCGACGCAAUUCUGGUCCUCAUUUUAGCUCACCAUGGCAGACUGGACAAAAAAGGGAAUUAG